GCUGUCCAGCCUCUGCAUGCCUUAUUCACUCAAUAUAUAUUCUCUCCUCUCAGACAACACUGUUUUCUAUUCUCCUCUUCUCUUACCAAUUCGGGGCUCCGAGCCCCGAACUCAGGCACCCAUUUUCCCUCCCUUCCCAUCCCAUGACCUGAUCUUUCUACUUUCUCGAUUUAUUUAUUCGCUUUUCUCCCCUCACUUUCUCGGGAAACGAACUUUAUUCUUGGGUGUUUCCAGGGAAGCCUUCGGGAAUGUACUCGGCCAUUCACUCUCUCCCGCUCGAUGUGGGGCACGCCGAGUUCCAGGGAACUCUGGACGGGACGAACCUACCCGGCGACGCUUGCUUGGUCCUCACCUCGGAUCCGAAACCCCGGCUCCGGUGGACCGUGGAGCUCCACGAGAGGUUCGUGGACGCUGUGACCCAGCUCGGUGGCCCUGACAAAGCAACACCUAAGACUAUUAUGAGAACAAUGGGAGUAAAAGGGCUCACCCUUUAUCACUUGAAAUCACAUCUUCAGAAAUACCGCUUGGGGAAACAAUCUUGCAAGGAAUCAAUUGAAAGCUCUAAGGAUGCUUCAUGCAUGGCCGAAAGUCUGGACACUGGCUCAUCUUUAUCCCCAUCUUCAAGAAUGCUAGCGCAAGACAUGAAUGAUGGUUACCAAGUUACUGAGGCAUUGCGGGUACAAAUGGAAGUCCAGCGAAGACUGCAUGAGCAGCUGGAGGUGCAGCGUCAUCUGCAACUUCGGAUUGAAGCGCAAGGAAAAUACCUGCAGUCAAUACUGGAGAAGGCUUGCAAUGCUCUGAAUGAUCAGGCUGCUGAAUCUGCUGGGCUUGAAGCUACUAGGGAAGAGCUCUCGGCACUGGCAAUCAAGGUUUCCAAUGACCGUCUAGUACUGGCUCCACUCGAGACCAUGAAAAUUCCCUCGUUGUCUGAAAUUGCUUCAGCUAUAGAGAAUAAUAACACUUCUAAUCUGCCUGCUCGCAUUGGCGACUGCUCUGUUGAAAGCUGCUUGACAUCCACUGGGAGCCCAGUUUCUCCAAUGGGUGUAAGUUUGCAGGCUACUGCUUUGAAGAAGAGACCAAGGCCCUUAUUUGGCAAUGUAGACUCAUUGCCCUUGGAGGGUAACAUGCGGCAAGAUAUAGAAUGGAUGAUGACUAAUAUUGGCUGAAUAGUAGGACGUUUCCUUACUGAAAUGGAAACUUUUUUCUUUUCUUAUUUGUCAAGUUUAUCUACAUGUUCCAGCCUUUCUACUGUUUCAUCAGUGGUCUGUAUAUUCUUGAAGCAGAUCUUCUAAAUGUGGGAAAUGCCUUCUUUUUGUUGUUGAGAACUACCGUACUUCACCUGCUACAUUGGCAAUUUGGUUUGCAGCUGUCAUUGGCAUUGAUUA